AUGGAGGGUGUCCAGAGCUUUAUCUCUUCAGGAUUUGUUCCUGCUUGGUACGCGGACGCGGAGGCGGAACACAUUAUGGUCGCAGCGAGCCCUGAAAGCUGCUCGUCCCUGAGCACUGCCACCUCAGCCGGCGAGACGCACUCCAUCGCCUCCAGCACAAGCAUGAAUGGAAGUUGUAUGUCAGUCACAAGCAAGUUUGACGACAAUGUGCUGCGGACGAGCAUACCAGCGACAGCCGGCGUAAGGUGUGGGUCUGCCUCUAUGCUCGGAGCCCAGACUCUUUCGCUGACUUUGGGUAGCCGCAGCGCCACGACAGGCCUUGUCGAGCUCAGGCGGCGAGGCCACGGCAGCGAGGCCUGUAUACCACCACAUUGCAACAUAGUACUCAUCCCCACCAACGAUUAUCCGGCGGACCGCUGCGGGUUUGAAAGACUUCGCUCAACGCACCAACAACAGAUGAGUAGUGCAUCGCGGCCAUUGGAGAUCGCAUUGAGUGCCUCAUCUGCCUGUCGGACGGAGGCUGCUGAUGUAUCCACGACUUCGGACUUUCGUCCCUUCGCCUGCCCAAGCUCCCACCCGUCCUACCCUCACCAUGACAAUCGUCAUGACGACCCUGAGCACGACGGCUACUACCAGCGGCUUGACGGCGAGCACCGAGCACUGCUUGUAGGCUGGAUGCGCCAGGUUCGCGAGGCGUUAGAUCUCCAUCUGUCGACUUUGUUCAUCGCCACGUCCCUUCUUGAUCAGUUCAUGGCGACCUGCCAGGAUGUCCCCCCGAACGACAUCCUCAAACUCGUGGCCCUUGCCAGCAUGUCUGUGGCGGUUAAAUAUAACGAGGCAAUACACGUCCAGCCGUCGGCUUGGCUGGGCUUGGCGGUGAACUCGACGGGCCGCAACCUGUACCGGGCUCGAGAUCUGCAGCGGUGCGAGUUCACGUUGCUGCAAACCAUCAACUGGCGCCUGCACCAACCAAACACCUACACCUUCCUGGAACACUUCCUCAGCAUUGUGUGCCCGCAGCGCCACCUUGCCUCUGUCGAGGGACAGCUGUUUGACGGCGAUGGCAUCAGUGCUAACGGCGGCCUCUGGGGCAGCACCGGUGGCGCUGCCGCCGUCCCAUCUGCCAUCGCCCGAGCUGAAUUGCAUGCCGACUGCCAUCACUAUAGCAUGUCGGCGGAAAUGGAGGCUGAGAUCGCUGCCACGGCGUGUGGAUUGGCGGAGAUGACGCUUCUGCACGACGUCUUUUUGUCAUACGAAUGUUGUACCAUUGCGCUGGCGUGCAUCACGUUGGCACAGCGGAUGGUAAUACCGGCAGGCGCCGAGACCGCGACGGCAUCGCCGGUUUCGCCGAGCCGUUAUCGCUGUGAGGCGUCGGGUGCUGGUCAGUCGGUUUAUGGUGCGGAAAUCAUCAUGACCCGAAUACCCUUAAGCCAGGUUUUAAGGGGGCCGCAUCCAUGGACCGCUGUGUUUUUGCUCGUGGCUCCUCGAUAA